GGUCAACCACAUCAAGCGAUGGUGAAAGCCUUUGUAGGUAUCACAUGCUGUCUCAUGACACUCAAGAUCGUCUGCAUGAUCGUGUACGUCCGCGUGCCAUUCAUGCAUGUCGCCAUCUACGUCGUGCUCACGUCGCUCAUGCUCGUGAGCUACGCUGGCACGGUGUUCGUGUCGCCUUCGUUUCCCGUCUCCAUUCUCAACGACGAUGACGACUCGACUGCAGGGGACGUCGAGAAUGGCGAAGCGCGGUACUGUGAGAAAUGCGACCGCAUCAAACCCGAGACCUUCCACCACUGCUCCGUGUGCGGUCGCUGCAUCGCCCACAUGGACCACCAUUGCCCGUGGACAGGCAACUGCGUUGGGCUCCGCACGAAGAAACUGUUUGUGCUGUUUUUGCUCUACACGUCCCUCGCUUGCCUCUGGUUUGCCAACUGUGCAUUGCUCGGAGUUUCGUCGUCGAGCCUCCUCAGCAUCACCGUGCUGCUCUCCAUCGUCGUCGGCUUGCUGCUUCUCGGGUACUUUUGCUUCCAUGUGUACCUCCUUGCUCAAGGCCGCACGACACUGGAUUUUAUGGCGCGGCGGCGCGGAAACGAUCUGGGACUCCGUGGCAACCUCCUCUUGUACUUUGGCGCCAAUUGGUGGGCGUAUGCCCUUCCUGUCGUCCCCAUGUACCUUUGGGGUCCACCGUCUGUCGAUGCUUCCACGCCCCUGACAUGACGUCAACCCAAUGUAAACUCCAUCAAUAAAAAACUUCAUAUAAUAUAUAUAUAUAUCCGU